AUGAAGUGGAGGAAUUCGGAGGGCGGCCAGUGGACGAAGCAGGCAGUGAAGGAGCCCGUGGAGACGCGGCUAUACAAAGAGGCGCGGAGCAACCACCCAGAGAUCUUUACCAAGCUGGACAUAGAGCUCAAGGAGCUGGAUGGCGCCGGCUCUGGCCCUCAGGCCUGCCGCGACGGCCAGUGCAUCACCAUCGAGUUCGCCGACGGCUCGGGCAGGUGCAUCAGCGAUGAUGGCGGUUUGACCAGCGACAAGUCGAUGUGCGCCGUCGUCGUCAUGCAGGGCGGACACAUCAAGAAGGCCGAGGGAGGCGAUUGCCUGGACUCGUUCUCGGACGCGAGCCCGGAGACUUGGUGCUGGUACGGCUGCCACGACGGCAGCAACCAGAAGUUCGAGAAGGAAGGCCCUGUCAGAAUCUGUGCGGUCGACGACAAGGACCGAGCCUGCUUCCGGACUGAGAAGUGGACGCUUGCCAGAUAA